AUGAUCACACUCGCCCUAUUGGUGUCACUCCUCUUGGCAGUAACAAGGCGUUACUCUGGUAAGUAUGUCCAUUUGAUUUAUAUCAAUUUUUAAUUUCAUAAUAAGUGAGAGAUUUCUUGCUAGCUUAUUGGUCUUGGAGAGCUCAGUAUGGUCGAUGUGAUUUUUUUAACAGCUUAGGAGCGGCAAAGAAUGCGGGGCGCAUCUAGACACCCACGGCUGCCCACGGCAAGGCAAUCAUCGUCUGCCUUCGGCCACAACUUAUAACACUUUCAACGAUCUUGACCAAUCUCAUCCAAUAAUUGCAUUGUUCAUUAUCGUUAAGUCACAAGAGUCAUAGCCGCCCAACUUGAUCCUUUCUCCUUUUAGCUUUGGAAUGCCCAGAAACGUGGAGCGAAUUUGAAGGCUUUUGCUACAAGGUCAUCGAUAGGCUCGGUUAUCCGCGGAGCUUUGCUUGGUCAACAGCUUUAAGCGGGUGUUUUGGGCUUGGAGGAGACCUGGUAAGCAUAUCGAAUGAAAAAGAAAUCGACUUUGUUCAUAACUUGACUUUCAAGGACGCAAACCCCACUUCUGUUUGGAUUGGGUUGGUGUAUCGACAUCAAACGGGUGGAUAUGUAUGGAACAAUGGAGAAUCGUUUAACAUUUCUGCUUCCGUCCAGUGGCUCAGCAACAUGUCGAGAAUUGUUUAUGAAAACAAAUGCGUCGAAAUCUUGAAAAAUGGUUGGAAACUCACCGAAUGUUGCAAGGAAAAUGAACAUUUCAUCUGCAAGAGACCGAAAGGUGAGUUGUUCCUGUGGGGAACUCUACACUGAAAAUGAUGGGAUAGUUUCGAGCGGUAAAUUUGAUCCAUUAAGGCGCUAAAACGCCUGCUUUAGGGCUGUCUCAUGUGAAGUAAGAAAUGGCUCCACAUAGCCUUUACGCCUUUAAAUUUUAGGCAGGCUAGGCUGCACCCUGAUAUUUGGCUUUUCCCAUUUGUUUUCUCGUUUUGUUUCGCACUCAUUUUUACCUUAACUGUUACUGUGCCUGGGUAAAAGAAGUUUUUUUGGUGGUUACACUGCACUUUUUGUCACAUGACCAGCCACGCUCAUAACUGUGACAAAAUUUUACCUUUUAGAAUUGCCACACUCAGAAACAUCGUACAGAUCUAAAGUUUUCUUGUAUUCUAUUUAGUUUAAUACUAAAUAUAACAAAUUGAUCAGCGGAAAAUUUUAAAAUAUUUUAUUCCUUGGUGAGAAGUUUAUGUUCUCUGCCUCGUCCCAGUCUCUUUAAAAUGAAAACCUAAAGUUUAUAGCAAUGCUAUGAUUAUUAUCGGCUUCAAACUAUUUGCUCUGUAAAUGUUUCACAAAUUAGGUCCAUUGGCUUGUUCUGCUGGAUGGUUUUUUAAUGGAGUAUCUUGCUACAAAGAAAAUAAUAAGGAUACCUGGGAAGGUGCACGACAAGGGUGUACUGCUUCUGGAGGUGAUUUAGUGAAGGUUGAUGAUGACGAUCAAAAACUAUUAUUGAUUCACUUCAUGGAGGUUAUCGGUCUGAAGCAAACGAAAAUAGAUGUAAGUACCGAGUCAUUAACUCUUUGAGCUUCAAGAAAUGAUUGCAUGAUCAGCAUGAAAUUUUUCCUUGUUACUGAUGCUUCAAUUUUUUCUCCCCAGCACAUCUGUAGGAUAAGUGUAAAAACAAAAAAUAGGCAUUUAAUUUGAGAUGCUAGGUUUUAAAUGCAUAUUGAGCAUGCUCAAGGCUAGGGUAAUUUAUCAUAAUAAGAGAUUUGAAAGAAGAAUGCGGCAAAAUUACAUUUUUGAUGUAGUUCGUGACACAGAACCAAUUGAAUCAGUGAUGUAGACAGUUUUAAUUUCAUUUUCAUUAGUUUCUGAUCUUAGACCCUAACCCUGCAAUGUAUCUUGAGACUACGCAGUUAAAUAAUGUUCAAAAGACCACAUUUCACGUUACAUUGGGAAGCUAAACGCACAAACUGAAUUAUAACAAGAUGCCAGUUUAUCGUUCCUCAUGCAUUCCGGGCGUCCCAAUCCAGGCAGAAUACUAGUGAAUUUGAUAUAAAGCAAAUUGUUCUGUCCUUCAUCAGCUGAGACGUCUUGAUCUAAAAUGCUACCUUGAUUGUAACCUGAGAUCAGGCGUUAUUUUUUCUUUUGCUUCUUUGUUUCUUUGGCUCGAGAGGGAAAAAAAAUAACGCCUGAUACAUUCAUUUAACAAGCCGUUAACCACACCCUAAUUUACAUAAUCUAACGUCUGCUCGACCUGUUAUGUUAUUAGCCAAUAAGCGUUUACCAUACGGGAAUAAAAUUUUGGCACGAAUAAUGUCUUUUUUUAAAUCAAUUUUAGGGAAAAGAAAAUUUUUAAGUACCUCCGUGUUCAGAUGGCGCUUCCUAAAAAAAGUUUCAAAUGUGUUGUUUUUGUGAUGAAAUACUGCUAGCUGGAGCUGCCGUACCUUUAUUUAACAGCUACAAAUAAUUAAGAAUUUACUGGUUAAAGCUCGUUGACUUCUUCGUUCUGUGCCGAAAGCAAUGAAAAAAGAAAUUAGGCUGAAGCACCAUAUUUUACGAACCGAAAGGUGUUGUGAAAGCGAAGAUCGCUCAGGAUAAUUCGCAAGUUUCUGACAAACUAGGUCAAGAUUCCAUUCAUGAAUUGAUUAUUUGAAAAGUUAACCCGUUUGUCGCUUCCGUAACUUGUAGCCGGUAUCAAAUUGCAUUCAAAUGAUCCGUGAAUUUUUUACUGCAUCUUUGAUUGUAAGUGAUCAUAAUUAAGUAACUGCAUACUGUCAUACUAAUGGCAGUGGUGUUAGUUACAUCACGCGGACAAUUCCCGCAACAACAUCAGCUUUAAUAUCAGCCUUAGAAAUGUCUUGGCCGAGAAAUCAUCAUAAAAGGCCAAAAAAAAGAAAGAACUUAAAUAUAUACGCUAAGACUGAUGCGAAUAACUAGCUAAGACAAUGACUACUGUACUUUGUUAAAAGAAAGCCGAGCAUAAAUCACGAAACGGAAAAAUGAUUGGUCAGAUAAUGUUCAAUGGCGUGACGGCAGAGAAAUUGACGAAAUUUUGCAGAUUUCCUUUUAAUAUCACACUAUAAACAACAAAAACAUUCAAUUUUCACAUGAUAGCUAUUUCCCUGAAGAUGUCAAAAACUAAUUGUUAAAAAAAGAGUUAACAAGUUAGGACUUCUUAAUGGUAACAUUCAUAAGAAAAUCUAAUGACUCGAUUUGCGUAAACCUACCAAAUUAAAAAAUUAGAUUUUUCGAUACAUUCGAUACAUCCUUAAUUGUUGCCAUGGUAACGAUCGAAAUCUUACCUCUAAACUGUCCAUACCAAAUGUGAGCCUGAUACCUUCAACGAGUCUUGAAUGACACUCCAAAUAUCAAAGUGUUUCCAACCACCUUAACUGUGGCUUGUAAGUAAAUUGUUCCAUUUAAUGUUUUUUUUCUAUCUCCCUUUUAAUACCUUUAUACAGCACGUAUGGAUUGGCCGAAAAGGUGACUCAAAGUGUUGGCAAAUGAAGACAGACUUUGGAACGAUAGAAGAGGGGCCGGACUGUCACGACCAAAACAACUAUAUUUGUGAAAUGCCACCGUCAGUAACAAGUACGUUUUAUAUCAUCCACAUCAAGAAGGUUUAAAAGAAGGAGUUUAAAAACUUAGCAUGUUAUUGCACAAAUAGCCCAUGCUCAAUAUGAGAGCCCUGGACAACACUAUUCUACUUAGCUAAUUAUUUAUUCAUACGGCGACAACCACAUAAGACGUUGUAUAAAAAUUAUUGCUUUUUCUCUAAAAUUGGGCGAAAUAUGCAUUAUGUUUUUCCUUUUAAACUUUCGUUUAGUAUUUUCGUGUUAAAGUCUAUCAAAUUUUAGUGAAUGGCUUCCAAUAUGUAUAAAAGCUGCGCUUCUAGGCUUGUCUAAAAGCUAUAUUUUCACGCUUUUGUCCCAGACUUUGAGGUAAGUGACCCUGUCAGCGAGAUACUUGAUGGUUUUAAAAACUUCUAUAAUUCUGCAUUUAUCUUUAGGCACUGUUUGUUAUGAGUACCCUAGCGGGAAUUCAUCUGUUCCCAUUACAGUCAACUGUGCAUUUCCAGAAAACCUUUGUUUCAAAUACGACAGUACAACGGCAAGCGGCGAACAAGUCACCAUUCAAGGCUGUAUAUCCGCUGAUCAAUGCCGACAAUUUGAAGAUCAACAUUUACACUGUUGUGAAGAACGUCUGUGUAAUAGUAGUAAGUAUAAUGGACACAAAAAAGCUAAAAAAUUGUCAAUUUACGCCCACCGUGCAAUGUUCCUCAGAAACAGGGAGAAGUUAGAUUAUUUUAAGGAAGAUCCGUGA